AUGCUCUUUCAGGCGAUGAUGGUGGGCUUGCAGCAGGCCGCGCUGCAGCAGCAACAACAAGCAGCUGCGGCGAAGGAGGAAGAGCCACGCUCUUUCUUGAUGAAGCGAGGGGAUGUCGACAUGCAGGAAGCCCACCAGCAAGCGCAGCAGCAGAAACCCGCCGCCGAGCGAAGUGUCUCUGGAUCAGGUGUAGCUAGUUCCGUCCACAUGACCAAGGAGGAGAUGGACAAAGCCCGUCGGGCACGUGCAGAGAAACUUGAAAGGGACCAAGCAGAAAAAGCACGUGAGCGCCAGGAGGCCGAAGCCAAGUCUCGGUCCCGAGAGGCGCUCUUCAACAGUCCCUUCGCAGGUGCAGCCAAGCCGAUGGGCAAGUACUGA